AAAAGUGUUUUCACCUUGUUUUGCAAUCCAAAUUCGUUGCACCUACGCGAUACACCUCUGCAAAAUUUUCUUCGUGUGAACUGCAAUAAAAUGCAACAAAAUUGACUCCGUUUAUUAUUGUCAUGUAUUUAAUAGAUCAUAAACAAGCCAGUUAAGACAGGUAAAUACGCUCACAGCCUCACAGUCGUAUUAAUGGACAGGCCCGUUCGAAUUUGAACCUUAAUUUCACUUUAUGAAUAGUAAUAACUCAAAUAGCGUUGAUUAGAGGUGAUUUUCGGCCAUUAAAAUUGUCCUGAACGAUGGCGCGGCUUUGUCUUAAUCCUCUUUGUGAUGGUCGGUGUUUACAAUGAUGUUUUUCACCGAAGACAUCCUACGCUUUGUUUGUCAAACAAACGUGAGAACUUUAACAGAUUAUUAAUUUUACUCCAUUAAUGAUACCUUACUAACUAGUGUGCUCUGUAUUAAAAACAUUCAUUAAUCACAACACUUCCUUACUGAUCAGGAAAGACUUUGACAGUCCUGUGAACAUCGGCUAUAGAUUUAUGAAAUAAAACUAAAACGUCCACAAAUGAAUAAACUGUAUUUUCUUAGCCUUUUUCUACUCCUAACCGGUGAUGCCUUUGGAAGGAGUUUUUCGAAAGAUUUCGCAGAAGAGGACGGGGGAGACGUGGCAGCCAUGGACAAAAUUGUUGAAAUCAAUACUAAGCAAGGUUUGUACAAGCUUUUUGAAGGCGAUGUGAGACUAAGAGACGGUGAUCUUAAAAACAGAAACGGCGACACGAACAAGAAGAGAAACGCUUUGAGAGACAGAUCUAAGCUUUGGCCAACUCGUGUUAUACCCUACGAAAUAUCAAAUGACUUUGGCCCGGAUGUACACACCAAAAUACAGGAUGCUUUGGAGUACUUUCACAAACAUUCCUGCCUUAGAUUUACAGUGAGAUCGACAGAGAAAAACUGGAUCAACUUCUUCAGCGGUUCUGGGUGCUGGUCGUUCAUUGGUCGCGAUUAUUUGAGCCCAGGCCCCCAAAGCAUAUCGCUCGGUUCAGGCUGUUACAGUCGAGGAGUAAUCAUCCACGAAAUACUUCAUGCUCUUGGGUUUUACCACGAGCAGUCCAGACCGGAUAGAGAUCAGUAUGUGGAAAUAUUCUGGGAAAAUAUUAUCGAAAAGGAAUCUCAUAAUUUUAACAAAUACAGCCACGAGUAUUUGGAUGUUCUCGGGGUACAAUAUGACUACGAGUCCGUGAUGCAUUACGGAACGAAAGCAUUUACAAAGAAUGGGAAAGCCACCAUUAAGGCGAUCUCUGGUGCGAGCAUUGGACAGCGAGAUGGCUUCAGUAAAAUUGACUUAAUCAAACUUAAUUCAUUGUAUAAUUGCCACAUCAAUGGCGUUGGGUUUAGCGAGUGGUCCAGUUUUUCGCCUUGCAGUAAAGAUUGUGUUAAGAAAAGGCAAAGAUAUUGUUUCUCUUCAAACCACGCGGACUGUCCUGGAGCAUCGUCGCAUGGCGUGGAAUCUCAAUGGCAGAAUUGCACGAACGAGGAAUGUUACGCUCCUGUUGCUGGUCAUUGGGGUCGCUGGUCCUCUUGGACAGAAUGCGAUGAAAAUUGCAAGCGUCAUCGAUCCAGAAAAUGUUCAGAUCCCGCCCCGAUGCAUGGCGGGAAAGACUGCCCAGGGGUUGGGAAAGAAGAAAAAGAUUGCUACGCCAACAGUACAUGCAACCCAGAUAACUGUGAUUUUACGCGUGGUAGUUACUGUCAUUGGAACCGUUAUAAAAACAUGGAUUAUUUCUGGCAAGCACAUAAAGGAUCAACACCAACCGGGAGCACUGGUCCAAAUCAAGACCAUACUACUGGCACGGGCCAUUACAUUUUUACCGAGGCCAGCUUCCCUGCCAAGGAAAACGACACAGCACUCCUAACAAGCAAACUGUUUCCACCCUCGCAAUGUCGUUGCAUUUCCUGGUACUAUCACAUGUAUGGCCGCUCAAUGGGAGAACUCAGCGUGUACAUUAAAGACCCUGUGGGUUCUAAGAGGAUAAUAUGGGAUAAGAAAGGUGAUCAGGGAAACAGAUGGAUAUUAGGUAGCGCAACAAUAUCUAACGUGUCUACGACUAGUUACCAGGUGGAAUUUGAGGCAAUUCGUGGCCGAUCUUUUUAUUCUGACAUGGCUUUGGAUGACAUUCAUUUCAAGGAAAUGCCCUGUGGUAUACAACACUUGGGAUGUUUUAACGAUCGUUAUAAAAGAGCUUUGCCAGACUUGAUUGCGAAUCUCCGGGAUAAAAUAGACUGGUAUGACAUGCAAAAGACCGUCAGAGAAUGCGCCUGUGUUGCUUAUGACAAAGGAUACAAGUAUUUCGCUGUGCAGUUUUACGGAGAGUGUUGGGGCGCAAGAAGUAUGAUUGAAUAUGACAAAUAUGGCGCUUCCAACGACUGCUGGUCUGGUGUCGGAAAAGAUUUCACGAAUUAUGUUUAUAAAUUCACGAAAUAA